AUGGACGUGGGUACUCAUGUCUGGAUCAAGUCCAACGAUCCGUUUGUCUGGAAAGCGGGCGAGGUGAUCGACUCGCAGGAUGCCAGCGGUCUCGUGCCAGUGCGGCUUCUCGACACGGGCAUCACUGUCUAUCGUCACCACUCGAGCCUAAACGACGAAUUGUGUUUGCGCAACAUGUCAACCAAUUUUACUAUGACAUCAAGUCUCACAAGUCUUGAGCAUCUGCACGAGCCAGCAGUUUUGCAAGCACUUCAUGAGCGUUUUGACUAUGAUCAGAUCUACACAUCUAUUGGGGACAUUCUCGUGGCGCUAAACCCGUUCAAACCGCUCCCAAAAUUGUAUUCAGACAUACAAUUGAAUGUGUACAAGCAAAACACGAAAGAUCCUAGCAACAUGGAGAAAAAAUCCUUACCACCUCAUGUAUUUUCCAUCGGUAGUAAAGCUUUUGGUGGACUAUUAAAACCUGAGCGACGAAACCAAAGUAUUCUAGUCAGUGGAGAGAGUGGAAGCGGCAAGACGGAGAGCACUAAGUUUCUAAUGCAGUUUUUAACUAGUGUGGGGCGUGAUUCAGGAUGCACAGAGCAUGAUGAAAGUGAUGCUGUGGAGAUUGGCAGGAGAAUCCUGCAGACAAAUCCGAUCCUGGAAUCGUUUGGUAACGCCCAGACUAUCAGGAAUGACAACUCGAGUCGAUUUGGCAAAUUUAUUAAGAUUCAGUUUGGACAAAAUAAUGAAAUUGUCGGUGCCCAGAUCAUGAGCUAUUUGCUGGAAAAGGUGCGAGUGCUGCACCAGAAUCCAGAGGAGCGCAGUUUUCAUAUUUUCUAUGAGCUACUCGAAGGAGCUGACAAGACGUUAUUGGACAAAUUGGGACUCACAAAAGGAGGAACGUAUGAACUGCUAAAUUCGUACGGGCCAAAUUUCGCACGGAAAAGAGCUGUGGUAGACAAGUAUGCGCAUUUGUACACAGAAACUAUACGCGCAUUUAAAGACACAGGAGUUGGUGAGCUGGAACAGCUCGAUAUUUUUAAAAUUCUCGCAGCUUUGCUGCACCUGGGAAACGUCAAUUUUAUAGCUCAAGGCAAACAGGACGCUGCUGUCGUCACGGCGGCGUCAAGGUUUCACUUGGAAAAGUGUGCAGAGCUCAUGGGUGUUGACGUCGAUAAGCUGGCAACACUCUUAAGUAGCCGAGAGAUUAAAGCCGGCAUGGAAAUUAUGGUGCUUCAACACACUUCCGAGCAAGCCAAGGAGACUUGUCGCUCGUUAGCCAAAGCUAUAUAUGGUCGCCUUUUCACGUGGCUAGUGCGUCGUCUGAGUGAUGAGAUUAAUUAUUUUGAUUCGGCCAUCUCAAUCUCGGAAGAAGACGAUGAGCUGGCUACGAUUGGUAUUCUGGAUAUUUUUGGAUUCGAAAGUUUAAAUCGCAAUGGUUUUGAGCAACUGUGUAUCAAUUAUGCGAACGAACGAUUGCAAGCACAGUUCAACGAGUUUGUUUUUGUGCGAGAGCAGCAAGUGUAUAUGACAGAAGGAAUUGACUGGACGACAAUAUCCUAUUCAAGCAAUGAAGCUUGCUUGGCUCUAUUUGACGACAAAAGCAAGGGUCUCUUCUCGUUGUUGGAUCAAGAGUGUCUGAUGCCAAAGGGCUCGAAUCAAGCUUUGUGUACAAAGUUUUAUCGGUAUCUUGGCGAACGAGGGUCUGCCGACUCGGCAGGUUUGUUGCGGCAGUCACAGGUUCGUCAGAGCAGUCUCCGUCGACUCAAGUCUUCCUUACGCCGUCAUAUUCAUGGAGCUGAAGAGCACGACGAGUCAAUUGAUCAAGGCACCAAUGCACAUCCUUUUUCAGCGUCUAAAUUAGAACGCGUGAAUCAUCAAUUUGCAAUUUUUCAUUUUGCUGGUCGCGUGUGCUACAACGUCGAGCAAUUUGUCGAAAAAAAUACAGAUUCGCUGCCGACCGACGCAAGCGAUAUACUGUCAUCAGCUAGCAAUGCAGUCGUGAGCGCGAUUGGAACUGACGAGACUGAGAAUCCUGAUACUGAUAGCGGAGUGGCUGGGCGGAGACGUUAUUCCAUGCUGCGCACGCCUAGUGUAUCAGCAGAGUUCAAGUGUCAGCUAGACCGUCUCAUCGCUCAGAUAGGACGCACGGAAGCUCACUAUGUUCGCUGUCUCAAGCCCAACGAGGUGAAGAAACCGGGCAUAUUCGAUCGCGAAAGAAUGGUAGAGCAAAUGCGCUCAGUAGGUCUCUUAGAAGCUGUGCGCAUCGCACGUCAUGGGUACUCUGUUCGUCUUGCUCAUGGUAGCUUUGUCGAGCAAUUUUCAGAAUUUAAAAGCUUCAUAAGCUCACGAGAUCGAGCUUCGGCGAUGAGCACAUCUGAUUUGGCUCAAGCUUUAGUGACUGUCUUGAUGAACAAGGUGCUGUCAGAAGAUGGCGUUGAGCGAAAAACGGAAAGCUUCCACGAUCUAACUCGUGAAGCUGACGGCACGCCACUCCAAAAUAAGAGUCAUUGUAAGGAUGUACAAGUGGGCAAGACUCUGGUGUUCUGCAAGUCCAGAACAUUCGAUAUAUUUUGUCAAUACCGCUUGGAGUUGCGAGUGCAUUGCGCCAUUGUGCUGCAAAAGCAUUAUCGUGGAUACCGACGUCGAGCUGUUUAUCGAGAGCUUCGUUGCUUCCUAAUUCACAUACAGGCAAUUGCUCGAGGAUUUAUUGCCAGAGCUCAAGCGGCCAAAUUGCGCCAGAUCAAAUGCGAAAGAGCUGCUGCUUGUAUCCAUGCGUGCUGGAGACGUUUUAUAAUACGACGUAAUUUUCUCCAACUUCUCGAGCACAAGCGUCGAUUAGACGCUGUGCUUGUAAUUCAGACUCGCUUCAGGCAAUUUGUGGCAAAGCGAAAACUUGCGAAAAUGCUACAAAUCAGAAAGGAAAAUGCUGCUGCUCUUGUUAUCCAAACAAAUUAUCGCCAUUGGCUUGUAGAGCUUAAACUUGCUCGACUUCGAAGAAAUCAGCUUGAGACGACCGCUGCUCUACACAUCCAGCCACUUUGCAGACAAUUGCUGGCAAGACGACAGCAAGACACGAUGCAGCAUGAGCCAGAUACUGCUUAUAGAAUCCAAGAGAACAGCUGCCGAUGGCUUGAGCAGGACAGCAACACUAUCGCAAAGCUUGAACGUUUUCGCUUACGCAUAGCGUUUCGCAAAUUUCGCCGCGCAUGUGAAGUAGCUAAAUUCGCAGGUGAAAUGGAAGCCGAGCCUUCUCCAAGUGACAACUCGCUGGCGAGCUGCAGAACUGACAAGUUCGUUGACCACCCGGUGACAUUGUCAAGCUUGGAGCAGGAAGACAGCUACAGUACCAGAAGUGACCGAAUGGAACCACCACUUCAAAUCUCCGCUCCCUUCCACCGCCGCACUAGCAGUAAACAACGCAAUCGGGUGAACAAUCGAAAUCGUACUCGAGAAGGUAGUAGUCACACGGACCAGCGCAAUUUGCUGCUUGAAAAUGAAAUCCUGCGCCUGCAACAAAUGCUUGUCGAACAACAAUCUGGUCCAUCAAAUGGCCAUAUGCAUCGGUCUUUUGCAAGUUCUCGUCCACCACGACGUGUUCCACUUGACUUUAGUCAAUCCACUUGUGAAACACGCACAAAUUCUAGCGGUUGGUAUUCAGUGGACAGUGCUCCGUCUGAAGGAGAAGAAGGGGAAAAUGACGCUGACGUAUCCUUACUGCCGCCACGUCGUGCACGAAGUGUACUGCCUACGCAGGAUGUCGAUCAUGUAUCCAGGCUGUCGCAAAAAAUAGAGGAAUUGGACGCCAAGUGUAAGUUUCUGGAACAGCUCGUGGCUCGCAAUACUUAUGACGACGCCGCAAGAGAGUCGAUUCAGUACACUCGAGGAUCGCUUGAUGGCAGAGAAUGCUUUGCAUUGGAUGGAUCACCAUCAUAUGACAAUCGUCCUACGAGUGAAACUGGUUCAGAUGUGGACUCUAUCAUUUCUAACAUGCAGAACCAGAUAGACAUGCUACGGCAUUCGAUUGCUGCGAGCGACCAAACGCAUCAAAUGUCUCGCAAAACUCAUGCCAUGUCCUUGUCAUCCAGUACACGACCAACGCGAUCGUCAUCAAUUGUUUCGUUGACAUCGUACUCAAAUUUAAGUACGACUGAAGCCCCGCGAAAAUUGCCGUCACUCCCGUUGUCCGAGUCUCAGCUGUCAAUUGGUGGUUCUUCUCACGGGAAUGGUACUCGCACUUCGCUUGGAUACCCUUCGCCGCCAACGUCUUCGAAUGCAUCGUCACUUUACCAAAGCCAGCAAUAUGCACCUGCCCACUUUGGUCGUAGCAGACCUCGCAUCGUCAAAUGGGCGCGAUCCAGCAAUUGUUACGAAUGCGAAGAGCCAUUUAAUUUGUUUAUGCGGCGUCAUCACUGUCGUAUGUGUGGGAAUUCGUUUUGUCAUGAACACUCGAGUCGACGUGUGUCGGUCUUUGGCAUUGGAUUUGAUGAUGAACCUGUUCGCGUCUGUGAUAAUUGUUUUGCCGAAUAUUAUGUAGCGCUGCAGGAGCAGAGCACACCUCAGUAUCCUUCUCAGCUUGGUUUGAGUACGGGUCCGCUUUAUACAUCAUCGAGGCUUAGUGGUCUAUAG